GCUGAAAGCGCUUCUGGGGGGCACCGGCCCCAUGUGAGCCCCAAGGGUUGCUUGGGAAGGGACGUUGGCAGCCGCAGGGCUCUUCACCAGCCCGGCCUCUUCCUCUCCCUGCGGCUGAUAAACGCCUGGCCGGGGUGAGCCUGGGCGAGCAGCGCCGCGGUCCCGUGGCCAGGGGCUGACCGGCGGAUGCUGGGGUGAGUGAUUCAGAUGGUGACAGGAAACCAGAAGCUCAGAGGAGCUGACUCCAGCGUUCGUGGCUGUUGGCUGUGAGAGAGCGGAGGAGAUGGGAACCACGGCGGACAGCGGCUGAGCUGAGCUGGAUGCGGCCGGGCCAUGGUGCAGAUGGAGCUGCUGUGGGCAGCCGCCGCGCUGAUGCUGCUGGGGGCUGCCAUCAGCCUCUGCGCCAAGUGCCAGCGCUCGGCUACCAAGCGAGAGAAGCAGCUGAAUGACCGGAGGAGCCAGCUCAGAAGCCGGCAGAGUUUUGAGGUGAUCCGAUCCCAUUCCACUAUGACCCGAAGGCUGGAACAAGUUAAGGAACCUGAGAACUUAUCAAUAGUGAGGAAAACCACCAAGGAGCUUGGUGCCACCCAUCACGCUGGAUACGGGAGCAGGGCCGAGUCCAGGUAUCGGGAUUUCUGGACAGAAGACUGCCUGCAAGGUGAUGAUGCCUAUGUCUCAGGCUGUGGGCAAGAGGAGCUAACUCUGACUGCUCUUCCUGCAGGGAGCCCAUAUCUCUGGAUUACUACAACAGUGCCACGUUCUUCACACCACCCAAUGAAAAAGAGGAGGAUUCCCAUUCCUACCAAAACAUCAUCAUUGGACCGCCUCAGGGCUCGGAUGUGGAUGAUGCUGCAGACUACGAGAACAGCUCGGCGAUAUACACAUGGCAACUCCAUCAAGCAGAAGCUCUGCAGACAGAAAGCCUGGAUGAUGAGCCAGACUAUGUCAACACAGCUCCUGCAUCAGGCCCUGCCCCGCUGGCAAAGCAAAGUACUCUGUGUAAAGCCUGAAGAAGUCCUUAGCUGAGCUGUAGGAGCACACCAGUGAGCACACGGGGACUUCCAUCCCUCAGAGGAAUCUCUUCACCAAACUGUGCCCAAGAUCAUGCAGAAGGUGCCACUAAAAGGAAGCAAUGCUCUGCUUGAAGUCCCAUGGAAGUCCAACUGCAAACCUGCAACUGGAGAAAGUACUCAGUGGCCACGGGCCAUUUCCCAUCUCAUUUCCCUGCAUGUCUACUGGAAGGAGGAUGGCCACUCUGUGCAAUGUUUUCUCCUGUCAAGCAUGAAAUGAAUGUUUAAAUUGCUGAGCAGUAAUGCAGCCAGCUACUUAAUUUGUCAGGGUGACUCAUGCAUGGUGGUAUUAAGGCAUAGGGAUUAUGUUCUGAUUUAGUUCCUAUGCUCUCCCACAGAAGCAGUUUCCUACAAGAGAGGAACUGGCAAGGCAGUGGUUGCUUUUACAACAGCAGUGGUUCUCUGGAGCUAAAUGUCAUAUGAACCUGUUCACCAGAGCUAAAGAGGAUUAAAUCCCUGCCUUAUCCACAGCCUGUAAUUCACAGUAUCCAUGGCAGUUUUUCUUGUGUUUCACUAUCUGUUUUAUAACAAUACAAAGACCCUGGAACAGCUGAGAAGGUCAGAUCCACAGCUGCCAGCCUGAGAAACUGCACCAAGUCUUUUUAGUCGUGCUGUAGGAACAUCAGCCCUGAAACACAGUCCUUGUCUCUUGAGCCCUAAUGCACAGAUUUGGCACCGUUUUACCACUUAUUUAUUAAAGUUGAAAGGCCUCCAAAGAGAA